AUGCCUUCCAAUACUGACUACCACAUAAACCGGGAGUUCAGGAUGGGUGGGGCUGCCAAUUCGUUGGCUACAGCUCCUGCUACGCCGCGAAUGAUGGGAAAAAGGAGUAAUCACGGAAGUUCCUCUAGUCACGGAAACGACACAAGUUCGAAGCUUAUGCCGGCGGUAGACGUCUCAAACACAUCGCACACUGGGCUGAAAGGUGGUGGUGCAGGUCAGGAGGGCUCUAAUGUGGCAGCCAAGCAAUUUCACCGGAAAAGUCUCGGAGAUUGGGACUUUCUCGAAACCGUGGGAGCAGGAUCGAUGGGUAAGGUAAAACUUGCCAGACACCGUACAACACAGGAGCUGUGUGCUAUCAAGAUUGUAAACCGCGCCACCAAGGCGUUUGUGCAUAAGGAAUCGCACAUGGCACCGCCCAGAACGCAAGAAGAGGUCUUGGAACGUGAACACAAACUUGAGAAGGAAAUAUCUCGCGACAAACGUACCAUACGAGAGUCAUCAUUGGGCCAAAUCUUGUACCAUCCUCACAUUUGCCGGCUUUUCGAAAUGUGCACGAUGAGUAACCAUUUUUAUAUGCUGUUCGAAUACGUUUCUGGUGGUCAACUACUGGACUACAUUAUUCAGCACGGUUCGUUGCGUGAGCGUAACGCUCGUAAAUUUGCGCGUGGUAUCUCCUCCGCAUUACAGUACCUGCAUAUGAACAAUAUUGUGCAUCGAGAUUUGAAGAUUGAGAAUAUUAUGAUAUCAACAUCGGGUGAGAUUAAGAUCAUUGAUUUCGGUCUGUCAAACAUGUACAAUCCCAAGAAGCAGCUCCACACAUUUUGUGGCUCACUAUAUUUUGCCGCACCUGAACUACUAAAAGCAUGUCCGUAUACGGGACCUGAAGUUGACGUAUGGUCCUUUGGAGUCGUGUUGUAUGUGCUGGUAUGUGGUAAAGUCCCCUUUGAUGAUGAAAACUCGAGUGUACUCCACGAAAAGAUUAAGCAAGGUAGAGUCGAUUAUCCCCAGCACUUGUCCAUCGAAGUUAUCUCUUUACUCUCCAAGAUGCUCGUCGUUGACCCAAAUAAACGUGCUACCUUGAAGCAGGUCGUUAACCACCAGUGGAUGCAAAGGGGCUAUGAUUUUCCUGCUCCUUCUUAUUUGCCUCAUCGUAUGCCUCUAACACCGGACGCACUGGACUCCACUGUAAUAAAGGAAAUGUACCGUCUUGAGUUCGUCGAUGACGUUGUGGAAGCCACUGCGUGGCUCACCAGAAUACUUACAAGUCCAGAGUACGAAAGUCUACUCAAACAAUUUUGGGCCAACGCGGGUAAGGGAGGUGUACAUGAAGAUCCCACUAGGGCGUUUCAUCCAUUGCUAUCAAUUUAUCAUUUGGUAGACGAGACAGUGAAAAGAAAAUUCGCCAAGCAGCAGAAAAGAGCCGCACUUUUGGCAGCGAACCAAGUACCACAGGCCUUGGAUGUGCCCACUACGGGUCCUGCUGUUGGGACUCCUGCUACUCCAGGUGUGACACCUGUUUCGACUCCCGCAAUGGUUGGACAGACGCCACCCCUACAGCAUAAAAAGGAACCCUCUGUAAACGCGAGAGUACUGAAUGUGGUCCCACCUUUCCCUAUGGUGAAUGCUGUAUCGGCUGGCUCCCCUACAAAACCACGGCCGACAGUGAUGAUACCUCCGAAACUCGCUAUUCCAGAACAAGCUCACACUUCGCCUACGGGAAGAACUCCAGUCGAAACAGGAUUUACGCCUACAGAUCUUGACGUAGUCCUGUCCCCAACACCGCAAUCGCAUGAUUUUGACCAGGCCACAGCAGCUUUACAGAAGAAGGCCGAAGCAGCUCAUAAGCCCUCAACACAACCAGUCAGUUCAUCAAAUGAUAAAUCCAAAUUUGGUACGAUGUUCAGACGCUUUUCUCAGAAGCGUCAUGGACAUCAACAGCAAAAUUCGCAGCCUCAACAAUUGCAGCACCAAUUGCAUGUACAACCAGCUCCAGCGCAGCAGCGCUUGGCACCACAGCCAGUAUCCGGUACUACCAUGAAAAAGACGCACACUAGAACUGUUUCAGAGAACGUGCCGUUUACACGAAUCGAGACCUAUGGUACUCAACCUUUACCCGAAGGUAUAACGAACGCCAAACAACAUAUGAAACUACCGGCACUGCCGUCUAAUGCUGCAAACAUGGUGAAAGAUCAACAAAUUGCUGCAGAAGGCGUUCAGAAACUACAGAUAUCGGGUGAGGAUGAACCUGUGUCCCAGCUCAACGUACCCAAGGGAAGAAAGAUGCAUCCUUCCGCCAGAGCCAAGUCUGUCGGACAUGCUCGUCGUGAAUCUCUCAAAAUUAUGAGACCACCUGUAUCUAAUAAUAUGGACCAACAAGUGAUGAAUAUGAAUGACGAAAAGUUUCUGGAAUAUGGAAACGAAGGAAAAUCCGACUACCUCAGCAAUGUCGAAGGCCCUCCACAGGGUGAACGCGAUCUCACCGAUGAAGAGAUUAUCAGUAUUGCCUCCAAGGCGCCUAUGGGUUCAAUGCCAUCCAUUGAUUAUCCCCGCUCUUUGUUUUUGAAAGGGUUUUUCUCUGUUCAAACAACUUCAUCAAAGCCGUUGCCAAUUGUAAGGUACAAGAUCAUUUCUGUCUUAAAGAAGCUAAGCAUUGAGUUCAAGGAAGUGAAAGGUGGGUUUGUCUGUUUGCACAAACAGUCAUAUAUCGCGCCAAGUUCUCAGCCACCUCAGCAACCAGUAAUAAUAGUUAAUGAUGCUUCAUCAGUGGGCAGCAAUAAUAGUUGGGGAGCAAAUUCUCACAGACGGAACUUUUCUAUCCCUGCUCAACAAAGCUCUGUUUCCCGUAACAGCUCGCUACGACGUCAAACAUCCAUGGGUAAAUCUCAGCAACCAGCAAUUGCUGCCACUCCUCAGGCUGCUAGUACCCACGAAAGAAAUCUCUCUAUCAUUUCACCAAGCCAUGGUAAUGUUAGCAUACCUGAAGUUUCAAGCGCAUCUUUGGAAUCUUUGAACCAAGAUGACAUUUUGACAACUUCUAAAGCUCACAACUUGAAUAAUGCUGAAAAUGGGGGAAUCACCAGCGACUCCAAGGAACGACCACCACUCAAAUUCGAAAUUCACAUUGUAAAAGUUCGCAUUGUUGGCUUGGCUGGUAUUCAUUUCAAGAAAGUGUCGGGUAAUACUUGGAUGUACAAAGAGUUGGCGUCUCACAUUUUAACGGAACUAAAUUUAUGA